GAGGCCCGCGUGAGAACGCGCGAGAGGAGGGCGGGGCGACGGAGCUCGAGUCCCGGGAGCUGCCGGAUCGUGUAGGGCCUGCGGGGCCAUGAUCCGGAACGGGCACGGGGUGGCCGGAGGGGCCGAGCGGCGGGGCCCGGCGGGCAGGCGCGCCGUGCGGGUGUGGUGUGACGGCUGCUAUGACAUGGUACAUUAUGGUCACUCCAACCAGCUGCGCCAGGCCCGGGCCAUGGGCGACUACCUCAUCGUCGGUGUGCAUACUGAUGAGGAGAUUGCCAAGCACAAGGGGCCCCCAGUGUUUACCCAGGAGGAGAGGUACAAGAUGGUGCAGGCCAUCAAGUGGGUGGAUGAGGUGGUGCCCGCUGCUCCCUACGUCACUACACUGGAGACACUGGACAAGUACAACUGUGACUUCUGUGUUCAUGGCAAUGACAUCACGCUGACGGUAGAUGGCCAAGAUACCUACGAGGAAGUGAAGCAGGCUGGGAGGUACAGAGAGUGCAAACGCACCCAGGGUGUAUCCACCACAGACCUCGUGGGUCGCAUGCUGCUGGUGACCAAGGCCCACCACAGCAGCCAGGAGAUGUCCUCCGAGUACCGGGAGUAUGCGGACAGUUUUGGCAAGCCCCCUCACCCGACACCUGCCGGGAACACACUUUCCUCAGAAGUCUCCUCCCAGUGUCCUGGGGGGCGGAACCCCUGGACAGGGGUGUCCCAGUUUCUACAGACAUCCCAGAAGAUCAUCCAGUUUGCUUCUGGGAAGGAGCCACAGCCCGGGGAGACUGUCAUCUAUGUGGCCGGUGCCUUCGACCUGUUCCACAUCGGGCACGUGGACUUCCUCAAGGAGGUGUACAAGCUAGCUGAGAGGCCUUAUGUCAUCGCUGGCCUCCACUUUGACCAGGAAGUGAACCGGUACAAGGGCAAGAACUAUCCCAUCAUGAACCUGCAUGAGCGGACCCUCAGUGUGCUGGCCUGCCGGUAUGUGUCGGAAGUGGUGAUUGGGGCACCGUAUGCUGUCACAGCGGAGCUCCUGAAUCACUUCAAGGUGGACCUAGUGUGUCAUGGGAAGACUGAAAUUGUACCAGACAAGGACGGCUCUGACCCCUACCAGGAGCCCAAGAGAAAAGGCAUCUUUUGUCAGAUUGACAGUGGCAGUGACCUUACCACAGACCUGAUUGUGCAGAGGAUCAUCAAGAACAGGUUGGAGUACGAGGCUCGAAACCAGAAGAAGGAAGCCAAAGAACUAGCCUUUCUAGAGGCCACGAGGCAGCACGAAUCACAGCCCACAGGAGAGACUGACUAGCUUCUGACCUGGAGGAUGUCACUCUUGCCUUUUCCCUGUGGCCCCCUGCCCUACUCUGCUUGUGUCUCAGAGUCUCGGCUCACACAAUUCCAGAGAGUGCAUCGCCACCCUCCCAGCCGACCUGGCAUGGAGGGUCCUGUUACCUGCCCACCUGCAAGGUGUCUGUCAUGUAGCAGGCUCUCAGUCCUUUCAAAGAGAGUGGCCAGUACAAUAGGGCAGCACAGUGGGCUGACUGAGCAGAGGCACCUGUGCCUGGAGGACAUCCACCAGGUUCCAACUACCAUUGCCCCCAUCUUGGUUGGGGACAUCCCUCUUACCUGGCUGGAGGCUGCAUAUCUGCCCACCUGGCUUUGGUGAGAGGGACAGAAGGGGUGGUUUGAGGGAGCUCUGGUCCCAAGUCACCCUCCAGGUGGCUACCAUCUGCCUUGGGGCAUGUCCCAACACCCUGUGCCUGGCUCCUGGAAGAUGCACUUGCCCCGCCAGCUGGGCCAGCACGGCUGACCUCUGCACAGACUUCCUGGUCCCCAUUUGUACCUCAUUGGCUGGUGUAAAUCUCUUUGGUGCGUCUGAAUAAAGCCUAGGGGAAAAUGC